UAUCUGUGUUACCACCGCGGCCACAGACAUCCGUAUCUCACAUGCACUUUGGAGCUGACCUCCGUGAGUUAGUGAACACGGACGCACUCUGCGGUCACUUGUGCUUUCUUUGCAGUAAGUCCUCAAACUCUCUCUCGGCGGCGCACAGCAGGCAUGGCAGAGACCGGCCGGAUCCUCAUAAAAGGCGGCAAAGUCGUGAACGAAGACUGCUCCGUGGUCGCUGACGUCUACAUUGAAGAUGGUAUAAUCAUUGAGGUCGGACAGAACCUGCAGAUCCCCUCGGGAGUGCGGGUCAUUGACGCCACCGACAAACUGGUGAUGCCGGGCGGCAUCGACACGCACACGCACAUGGAGCUGGCGUUCAUGGGCACCAAGAGUGUGGACGACUUCCACAUCGGCACCAAGGCCGCUGUAGCGGGAGGGACCACGAUGAUCCUGGACUUUGUCAUCCCCCAAAAAGGAAAAUCUCUCCUGGAGGCCUACGACUGUUGGCGUAAGACUGCUGACACCAAGGUUUGCUGCGACUACUCGCUGCAUGUCGCCGUCACGUGGUGGAGUGACAAGGUCAAAGAGGAGAUGCAGACACUGACCAAAGAGAAGGGAGUCAAUUCCUUCAAGAUGUUUAUGGCGUAUAAAGAUGUGUUCAUGCUGCAGGACUCUGAGCUUUAUGCUGCCUUCUCACAGUGUAAGGAGGUCGGAGCUAUAGCUCAGGUGCAUGCUGAGAAUGGAGACCUGAUUGCAGAGGGGGCUAAGAAGAUGCUGUCUAUGGGCAUCACGGGGCCAGAGGGCCAUGAGAUGUGUCGGCCAGAGGAGGUGGAGGCAGAGGCCACCCAGCGGGCCAUCACCAUCGCCCACGCUGUCAACUGCCCGCUGUAUGUGGUCCAUGUCAUGAGCAAGUCUGCGGCCAAGGUGGUGUCUAAUGCACGCAGAGAUGGCCGUGUGGUGUUUGGGGAGCCCAUUGCAGCUGGACUGGGCACCGACGGUACUCACUACUGGCACAAUGAGUGGGCCCAUGCUGCCUCGUUUGUCAUGGGACCCCCCCUCAGACCUGACCCCAGCACCCCUGGGUACCUCAUGGACCUACUGGCCAAUGAUGAUCUCAGCGUGACGGGGACGGACAACUGCACCUUUUCUUUGUGCCAGAAGGCUCUCGGGAAGGACAACUUCACCCAGAUCCCCAACGGAGUGAACGGAGUGGAGGACAGGAUGUCCGUCAUCUGGGAGAAAGGAGUGCACAGCGGCAAAAUGGACGAGAAUCGAUUUGUAGCUGUCACGAGCAGCAACGCAGCAAAAAUCUUCAACUUCUACCCGCAAAAAGGCCGUAUCGCCAGGAACUCAGAUGCUGAUGUGGUUAUAUGGGACCCCAAGAUGACAAGGAAGAUCUCAGCCAAAACCCACCACCAGGCUGUGGACUACAACAUCUUCGAGGGCAUGGAGUGCCACGGCGUCCCUGUCGUCACCAUCUCCAGAGGAAAAGUGGUCUAUGAGAAAGGGCAGCUGACAGUGACUCCAGGACACGGCAAAUUCAUCCACAGAAAACCCUUCUCUGAGUUUGUUUACAAGCGAAUCAGGCAAAGGGAGCAGGUGGGGAAACCGACAGCUGUGAUCAGAAAGCCCUAUGAAGGCAAAGUCAUAUCUUUGUGAACAACCGACUGAGAACAUGAAAGGCACUUUGAAUCUCCAGCUGUGCAUCUCCAGUAAAAACCAGGAGCUACCAAAACAGCUGAAUGACACUAAUAAAGCUACUCUGAGCGGUUUCUACGUUUUUAACAUGUGACUGCAGUAAUGGCGGUUGUGUUGGUCUUUCGGUCAACGCUGAUCAACACCUAGGUCAAUGUUCUGUUGGCAGAUAAUACUACCUAUGUGAUAUUUGUUGAACUGUGUGAGGUUUCCAGGUCAGUUCUGCUCAGUGCAAAGGUCAUUAGAAGCCACUGUGCUGCCGAAAAUUACAUCUGUUCCAACAUACAUUAUGCAAUCAAGCAAUUCGCUGUCAGCCAUAAACAAUUAAGACUUAUUCAUUUCAUGGUUAUAAAUGGUCAAAUAAAAUUGUUUCAUGGAUUAAAAAAAAAAAAAAAGUGUUAUGAUUGUAAAAGAGACCCUGUCCUCACAUUUGUAUUUGUGCAUAUUAUUGUUUCAAUUUGCUAGAAAAAUCAUUUUUUUAAAACUGGCUUCAGUUGUGGAUGUGCCUGAUCCGUCUCUUACUGAGCAUUUUUUUUUUUUUUUUCACCCGUUUAAUCAUUAAAUGUUUGUUGCCACUGGUAACAA